AUGGCGUGGCACCGAUCUAUCCGAGAUUGUCCUUUGGAAGGAAAGUUUGUUCAUCCAGACAACUUUCUUGUGAAUGGUUGGGGAUUAAUUCACCAAGGUGGUGUGGUCACUACACCGCAUCAUGACUCUGAGGGACAAAACACCUUUGUCAUUGGAGAUAUUGGUUUGAAAUUCUGGGUUUGGUUUUUCUACAAAGAUCACCAGGAUCGCCAGGCUUUACUUCAAGCAUCAACGUCACUUUGUGACAAAUAUGAUUUCAGUCAGUUUGCGGCAGAGAGUGUUACAGUAUACCCAGGAGAUCUAAUAAUCCAGCCACCUGGUCAAUUACAUUCUGUGUAUACACCAAUCCCCAGUUUCACACGUGGCGGCCACUUCUACAGCUAUGAGACACUUCCAUUUACUGAACUGUCAAGAUGGCUGGAUCGCUGUGCAGGCUUGCUUCUCACCAAUCAGGCUCAUGAACACACUGAAGAGACACUAUGGAGGAUGACAGCUGUCAUUCCACGGUUGCCACCAAAUGAAGUACCUCACAGAAGACCCUUAUUGGCUCUGUGCCAUAUGGUUCUGUCUGCUGAAAAAUAUGUUGCACAAGGCUCCAAAUCAACCAUCCUCAAGAAAAAUGCCCCCAAAGCUAUCCAAUCCUCAAGCAAGGAUAGAGCCAUUGCCAUUGCACAGAAGAUCCUUCAACACAUGGACAUUGCUGCAAGGGAUUUGCCCAGAAUCCUGACAACUGCUGGGGAACUAGAUGCAAUAGUAGAUCUCAGAAAUUGUCUUUCAGAAUUCCAAGAUGUAUGA